AUGCAGAAUUGGGAGGAGGGGAGAAGCGGCGUGGUGGUUUGUGGUGGUGGUGCGCUCAGCUGUCAGUACCGAUUUGACCGGGGGGAGCGGGCGGGCCAACAGCGCAACCGCAGCAACCAGCCCAAGCCCAGAUGGUGGAGAGACGGGAGCGAGCCGCAACAAGUCCACGCACACACCCAAGCAAGCCAGUGCAAGCCCAAACAGCCCAAUGCCAAUCACCAGCGCAAGCCCGAAAAGAACAGCGCAGCACAGCGCAACGAACGAACGGCGCCGAGACCGAGGACGGGGAGGGGGGACGAGGAACUGGGAACACCUGCAGAAUGGAUGGCACUAGGGUCCCACUCGCUGGCCAGCGUUGCCAAUGGGUGCGCGUGGGGAGAGACGAAAGACACGAGAAACAUGCACGAUGAGAAGCGAUGCGAUGCGAUGCAAGCAGUGACUGCACCCCUGGCGCUUCCCACGCUGUCUAGCCGUGCUCUGCUCUGCUCUGCUGGCGAGCCGGCUACCAAGCAUUUCGUCAAGCAGGGCUCAAUCUCAAUCACACCGGGGUUUGAGCGGGCGCGUCGCGCUGCUAGACGAAAAAUGAACAGGCCGUGGAUAUUGAGCCAUGGCUCGAUCUCUGGUCCUCAGCUCCGUGCCUCCGGGCCUGUCGUGCCCCGUCGUCCCACGGCGGCGUCGGGCUGGUUGACGGGGCACCCCUUCAGGAACUUCAGGUACGGUCAGGGCCAUGGACCCAAGAGCGGCUGUCAUGCUCCGUGCCAGGCUCUCUAUUCCGCCUUCGUCCUUCCAGGGUUCCCCCAGGUUCGCCAUGACGCCCCCAACCUCCCCGACUCACUCACGUUCUCCCACGAGAGAGGAGCUGUCAGUAACUCGAGUUACCGACCGCCGUAG